UGUAACCGAGGAGCUGGUGUCUUCUAGAAUGCACUUUGUGGUCUAGGCUUUCAAGUUAAGGCAGUGCCUUAAUUAUUAAAUAUAGACUUAUCUUACUACGAUCGGAACGCAAUGGAAGAAGAAAGUAACAGUGACGCUAUGUCUGAAAGUAAUGUAAAAUACUAUACACUUGAAGAAAUCAAACAUCACAACAUGAGCAAGGAUACUUGGCUUAUCAUCCACGAUAAAGUGUAUGAUAUCACAAGCUUCCUGGAGGAGCAUCCAGGUGGUGAGGAGGUGUUGCUAGAACAGGCAGGAGCAGAUGCAACAGAAAGUUUUGAAGAUGUUGGCCAUUCCACAGAUGCCAGGGAGAUGCUUCAGCAGUACUUUGUUGGGGAAUUGCAUAUGGAUGAUCGCAAAAAGGAAAGCGCAAAGGAUAUCUACAUAACAACCUCAGGUGAAUCUAGCUCAUGGACGAUCUGGUUGAUCCCUGCACUGGCAGCUGUUGUUGUUGGCCUGAUGUACCGGUACUACCUGCUGGAACACAGAUCAUCCUGAGCCCUAGGUACUGCAUAGCAGCCAUCUCACAUCUGUCUGUGUGGAGGCCUUGACUUGUCUGACCGGACAUUGCACAUCAACCAGCCAGAGGAUUCUCCCAUGCUCCCGAACUCUCAAACCUCCCUGUACCCUGAAAGGGGAGCUGCCUCUUCAACUCACCUCCACUUUGCAUUCCAGUCCCCAUCUAAGGAGGUGUGUGGAGAUGCACUGAAAACUAGCCGUCCGUUAUGGUGCCUGUCUGGAAUUGACAUUUUUUCUACAUUUAAUCAUAUAUUGUCCUUUUUCUGAUAUGCAUUCACUUUGUUUUACUUGCCAUUUUUGAGGCACAAGCCAUUUACUGAAGCUUGUGAAGGUAGUCUCUUGGUGUACCAUUUUACGUCAGUUUAGGUAUAUUUUAACAUGGAGCAAUUGUCUACAUGAGGUUUACUUAACCGUUUGAAUGGUAGGUAGAACUAAACCUCUAAAAUAACAGCAUAUUGUUAAAUAUUGUUGAAAAUGGAUAAUGGGAGAUGAGUGAAAUUAAGAAUUUCAAAUGUAAUCUAAAAUCAGAAGCUCAGAAAUUAUAAUCAAUAAUAUAAAGUGUGCAGUUUAGUAUCCAUUCAUGCAUCCUAGGUUUUCACUCACUGUAAGCAUGAGUGCCUGCAAAGGCUGCUGUUAUCUUAUGCAUGUCAAGGCAAACACAGUGUAAAAACUUUAACCAAAACAGAAAAUAUUGGAUUUGAAAAAUAUUUGGAUUGGAAAGAUUAUCUGUGAUAUUCAGUUCAAGUCUUGAUGGUGUUCCAACCCUUCCUAAUAUCAGUCAGUGUUUGGCCUGAGUGCUUUUUUAAACUGCCAUUUAUAGAUUCAUCAUUUUUUUCUGUUAGAAUCAUUUUCUAUUGAAGUAUUUUAUGUUGAGAACAUGCAUUGCAUGCAAAUCCUGUCGAAGGCAAGAUCAUAACUAUAUGCAGCCUCAGUUUGAUGAAUGGCCUUUCAAUUUUUACACCUCAUGGAAAUGUACACUUUUUACAUUA